AUGUUAAAUACCGGCGAGAAGUAGGUUACUCACCUGGCAGGUACGUAGUACUCUCAAAAUAACCGAGUCUAGCAGUUGUUUCUCCGCUUCAAGUGGCUGGACGACCGCUGGACAACCGCUGGACUACCGCUGGACAACCUCAACGGCUGGCCUCGAGAGAUCCUCAACGGCCGGCCGCGAGAGAUCCUCAACGGCCGGCCGCGAGAGACCCUCAACGGCCGGCCGCGAGAGACCCCGGCCGUUGCGGGUCUCUCGCGGACGGCCGUUGAGGAUCUCUCGCGGCCGGCCGUUGUCAUCUAUACAGGCCGCAGUUUUAACACCCGUAAGUCAUUACAGUUACUCAAUAUUCCGUUAAAUUGAAUGUGACAGAUGCAUUCAGAGGUGAAGAUUCGCUAUUAUGGUCAAAAUAAAAUGAAUUGUAACCUGGAAGUGAGACGCCAUGAAACACUAAUGGUUUUUAACUUUAAUUCAUGUUUACUUUAGUACAGUCAUCCACAUUAUUAAAUUCAUGACACCCACCAUCAGUCUUUAUGGCAGGUGCUGCUUAGAGAGAGUCAUAUUUUCCGUCCUGGUCAAUAUGACCCCUCUCAAAGCAGCACCUGCCAUAAGAAUCAGGUAAGUAUGUUAUUUAUGGUACACACUUGAGCUGCAUGACUGUUCAAUUUAAAUGUCUACAGCGAUGUGUUUAGAGUGUUUCUCUGUUUAUUGGUCUCUCCUUUGAUGUCCUGAAACCUGACAAUUUGGGUGGGCUGGGCACACCUUGAAUUUAUCUCCUCCUCAAGACAAGCUAGGGCAUGGACAGGGGAGGUGUGAUACAUUGUGGUGUUGUGUUGAGACAACAUUGACCACCUCCUAUCAAACUUUUACAUGCCACAAUUUUUGUUUUAUGUAGCUACAUCCUUCUGUUGCUUUGUGUGCCAGGUUACUUAUUUCCUAUUCCUGUGAACUAAAUUCAUAUUCUUCCAAUAUUGUUUUCCGAUUCUCAUCUUUCAUCCCGUUAAUAUCCAGCAACAUUCCUGCAACAUGCCACUGAGCCUCUCAAGGCCUAAGCCUCAAGUCCGAGAAGGAGGUGCUGUUCUGAGGAGCAAAACAACUUGCAUCUCCUCACCUUCUGAACACUGA